AUGCACAGCCGCGCCCGCGGAGACGGCGGAAGCGGGGAUUUGGCGCAGCUUUCGGAGGAAAGCGGCGGAGCCGCUGAUCGGCAACGCGACGACCAUCGACUUCUGCCCCUCCGCGCCCUUCCACUUCGCCGCCACCCACUCCACCCGCGCAGGCAGGUGACGGAGUACAGUGGCGUCACCAGGGAACUGCUUAGAUCCUUUUCUCGCUUCAGAGGAUUUGCGGGGCAAGCUGCUGGUGGCGGGGGGCACAGAGGCAUCGUGCAGGUGUUCAACGCCACGACUGGCACAGUGAUGAGACUACUAACGGCCAUACAGAGCCGACGCACACACCUAUCUGGUGGCGCAGCGCAAGCGCAUGCAUUUGACAGGAGAGUUAGAGCAUGGAGAUUGAAGGGAGGCAAGUGUGUGUGUGGCAUCCACAGCAGAGUAACACGGGCGGCAUGCUCCAUGAGGCCUCGCAUGGCAGCAGGGCAGCAGCCGCCGAGCAAGACAUGGUCAGCAUGUGGCAGCGCCCCACAUGGUGGUGGACUGCCUAAGUAUGUUAAUAGCGGUGUUGGAGGAGAUGGUAGCGCGCAACGUGCUGGCCAAUGCCAUUGCCGUGCUGCCAGUCAAGUCGCUCAGCCGCUUCCUGCAGUUCUGCCGAAAGUAACCCCCCUGCUUGCAUCGCCCCUCCCUGCUUGCAUCGCACCUCCCUGCUUGCAUCGCCCCUCCCUGCUUGCAUCGCACCUCCCUGCUUGCAUCGCCCCUCCCUGCUUGCAUCGCACCUCCCUGCUUGCAUCACACCUCCCUGCUUGCAUCGCACCUCCCUGCUUGCAUCGCCCCUCCCUCCUUGCAUCGCCCCUCCCUGCUUGCAUCGCACCUCCCUGCUUGCAUCGCCCCUCCCUGCUUGCAUCGCACCUCCCUGCUUGCAUCGCACCUCCCUGCUUGCAUCGCACCUCCCUGCUUGCAUCGCACCUCCCUGCUUGCAUCGCACCUCCCUGCUUGCAUCGCCCCUCCCUGCUUGCAUCGCCCCUCCCUGCUUGCAUCGCCUCUCCCUGCUUGCAUCGCCCCUCCCUGCUUGCAUCGCCCCUCCCUGCUUGCAUCGCACCUCCCUGCUUGCAUCGCCCCUCCCUGCUUGCAUCGCACCUCCCUGCUUGCAUCACACCUCCCUGCUUGCAUCGCACCUCCCUGCUUGCAUCGCACCUCCCUGCUUGCAUCGCCCCUCCCUGCUUGCAUCGCACCUCCCUGCUUGCAUCGCACCUCCCUGCUUGCAUCGCACCUCCCUGCUUGCAUCGCCCCUCCCUGCUUGCAUCGCACCUCCCUGCUUGCAUCAACCCUCCCUGCUUGCAUGCGCUUGCAGUGCCUCUCUACCCAUUCUUGUUGUGUGCUUGGCAAGUUCCCUCUGCCAUUGCAUCCCGCCCACCUGCCUCCACCUCUUUGCAUUCUCCUACACAGCUGGUACCCAACCCGCGCUACAGCACGUGCCUCAUCCCCAUCCUGCACAUGGUGCUCGACCUUAGAGCGCAGCACAUCGCUGCCACAACCAAACUGCAGCAGGGGGUACCGCAGGUGGUGGGGGCGGAGGCGCAUGCGCUGGCAGAGCUAGCGGAGCUGCAGGGCUUUGUGCUGCCGCUGCUUCGCACGCACCACCACUGCUGCAUGAAGGAUGAGGUGGCUUUUCUCUCAUGUGCGGCAUAG